AUGACGAAGUUGAAACAUCCCAUCAGCUGCAAGGCUCUGACAAAGCCACCAAAGGACCAGAAGCCACCACCAUUCAUAGGAGGGUUUGUUCCAAAUAAACCAACACAAAACAAGGUCUAUUCCUUUGAUCUAACCAAGGUUGAUGCUUUGUUUGAUGAGAUGCUGCUACAUAAGGCAAUAGUGACACCCCACCAGUUGUCCAAGCCAGAGGAACUCAAUGAUAGACAAUAUUGUAGGUGGCACAACUCUUGGAACCACUCCACCAACAGUUGUGUUGUCUUCAUGGAUGUUAUACAAGAAGGAAUAAUAGUAGGAAGGCUAAAACUGGCAGAGAACAUGGUCAACUUGAAUUGGUCGGAACAGAAAAGAGGCAAACUAAUAGUAGAAGCCAGCACCAGCAAAGGCAGAAGAGUAAUAAGGGAGGCUAAUCAAAGGCCAAAGGCAACCAUAUCGGCUAGGGUAGUUCUGUGCAGCAAAUGCAAGUGUGAAAGUGAGUUGGAGGUAACUCUGGAUAGGCAAAACCAGCCUGCACCUAGCGUUUUUGACAGGAUUGGAACAUCACACCAACAUGGACCAGUUCCGGCUCCACCUAAAGAUAGAGCCAGACAGAAGGACUAUAUAAGGCCUGCGUAA